UGUCUCACUUCUCAUUCAUCAACCACUCUGCAUUCCCCCUGUUCUCUUCAAUUCCCCUGCUCGUCCCUCUGAAAUUGAAAAUAAACUCUUCCAUGGCAACCAGAAAAGUCAAAGCCAUAGGCAUUGACUUGGGAACCACCUAUAGCUGCGUGGCAGUGUGGCAACACAACCGUGUCGAGGUGAUUCCCAACGACCAAGGCAACCGCACCACCCCUUCCUAUGUUGCCUUCAACGACACUCAAAGGUUGUUGGGUGAUGCUGCCAUGAACCAGCGUUGCCUGAAUCCGCAAAACACUGUCUUCGACGCCAAACGUUUGAUUGGACGCAGAUUCUCCGACCAGUCCGUUAAGCAAGACAUGAAGCUCUGGCCCUUCAAGGUUGUCCCUGGCAGCAGGGAUAAGCCCAUGAUUUCUGUCACGUACAGGGAUGAAGAGAAGCGCCUUGCAGCAGAAGAGAUAUCUUCCAUGGUACUAUUUAAGAUGAAGGAGGUUGCUGAAGCCUAUCUGGGUCACGCGGUGAAUGAUGCGGUGAUCACUGUCCCUGCUUACUUCAGCAACGCGCAGAGACAAGCCACUAAGGAUGCUGGGAAAAUCGCUGGUUUGAACGUGUUGAGGAUCAUCAACGAGCCAACCGCAGCAGCUAUUGCUUACGGGUUAGACAAGAAAGGAUGGAGAGAGGGAGAGCAGAACGUGCUUGUGUUUGAUCUCGGCGGUGGUACUUUUGACGUUUCAUUGGUGACAAUUGAUGAAGGUAUGUUUAAGGUUAAGGCCACAGUGGGAGAUACUCAUUUGGGUGGUGUUGAUUUUGAUACCAAUUUGGUGAACUAUCUUGUGAGCAUCUUCAAGAGAAGGUACAAGAAGGAUAUUGCUGAAAACCCCAAAUCUCUUGGAAGGUUGAGGUUAGCGUGCGAGAAGGCCAAGAGGAUACUCUCUUCGAGCUCUCAAACAACGAUAGAGCUUGAUUCUUUAUGUGGAGGAAUUGAUCUACAUGCAAUUCUAACAAGGGCGCUGUUCGAGGAAUUGAACAAGGAGCUGUUUAUGAAGUGUAUGGAGACAGUGGAGAAGUGCCUCGUUGAGGCAAGGGUUGACAAAAGCAAAGUCCAUGAGUUAGUUCUUGUAGGUGGGUCUACUAGAAUUCCAAAAGUACAACAACUUCUGAAGGACAUGUUCAGCGUAAAUGGAAAAGCUAAAGAGCUUUGCAAAAGCAUUAACCCUGAUGAGGCUGUGGCGUACGGUGCGGCGGUUCAGGCCGCGAUUUUGGGAGGCGAAGGGGACAAGAAGAUUGAGGACUUGUUGUUGCUGGAUGUGAUGCCUCUUAGUAUUGGAAUUGAAACCGGUGGUGGUGACAUGUCGGUGUUGAUUCCGAAGAACACCAUGAUCCCCACCAAGAAAGAGAGCGUUUUCUCCACGUUUUCUGAUAAUCAAACGAGCGUUUUGAUUAAAGUUUACGAGGGGGAGGAAGCUAAGACAGAGGAUAACUUUCUUCUUGGGAAGUUUGAGCUAUCUGGGUUCGCUCCAUCGCCAAGGGGGGGUCCACAGAUAAAUGUUGGGUUUGACGUGGAUGUUGAUGGCAUUGUGGAGGUCACUGCUAAGGAUAGGAGCACGGGUUUGAAGAAAAAGAUCACGAUCAGCAACAAGCAUGGGAGGUUGAGUUCCGAAGAGAUGAGGAGGAUGGUGAGAGAUGCAGAGAGGUAUAAGGCAGAGGAUGAGGAAGCGAAGAAGAAAGUGAGGGCCAAAAACUUGCUGGAGAAUUAUGCUUUUGAAAUGAGGGAUCGAGUGAAGAAUCUGGAGAAGGUGGUGGAGGCGACCAUAGAAUGGCUUGACACAAACCAAUUGGCUGAAGCCGAUGAGUUUGAGUACAAGAUGCAGGAGCUGGAAGAAAGGGUUCUGAAGUUUAUGUAAUGGUUCUUCAUGGUGGAACAAUUUUACUAUUGAUCGAGUCCGAAGCAAUGUAAAAUAGUUCUAGCUUUGUUAACUCGAUCUAGCGGUUUGUCUUAACAUCUAGUUUAUGCGUUUGGUCUAAAAUGUGAAAGUUGUUAGUAAAUUUGUAUGGAUGAAAUGAAUGGAAUGUUAUGUUUGUUAAUUAUUGA